CGCCCCUUCCGCCGCCGCCCCCGCGAGCUCGAACCUGGCCCCCAGCUCCAGCCCGAGCCCCAGCCCGGGUCCGGCCAGCAGCAGCUGACUGCGCGUUCACGAUCCGCUGGGAGCCGCCAUCCUCGUCGCCGUCAUGAACAUCCGCAAUGCACGGCCAGAGGACCUGAUGAACAUGCAGCACUGCAACCUGCUGUGCCUGCCAGAGAACUACCAAAUGAAGUACUACUUCUACCAUGGCCUCUCCUGGCCGCAGCUCUCUUACAUCGCGGAGGAUGAGAAUGGGAAGAUUGUGGGGUAUGUCCUGGCCAAAAUGGAAGAGGACCCCGAUGAUGUGCCUCACGGACAUAUCACUUCACUGGCUGUGAAGCGUUCCCACCGGCGCCUUGGCCUGGCUCAGAAACUGAUGGACCAGGCCUCCCGAGCCAUGAUCGAGAACUUCAAUGCCAAAUACGUCUCCCUGCAUGUCAGGAAGAGUAACCGGGCCGCCCUGCACCUCUAUUCCAACACCCUCAACUUUCAGAUCAGCGAAGUGGAACCCAAAUACUAUGCAGAUGGGGAAGAUGCGUAUGCCAUGAAGCGGGAUCUCACCCAGAUGGCCGAUGAGCUGAGGCGGCACCUGGAGCUGAAGGAGAAGGGCAGGCACACAGUGCUGGGCGCCAUCGAGAACAAGGCGGAGGGCAAGGGCAACUCACUGCCCAGCUCAGGAGAGCCCGGUCGUGAGGAGAAGGGCCUGGCUGCCGAGGACAGCGGUGGUGACAGCAAGGACCUCAGCGAGGUCAGCGAGACCACAGAGAGCACCGACGUCAAGGACAGCUCAGAGGCCUCCGACUCAGCUUCCUAGAGCCUCCUCUCCCUGCCCUGGCCUCCUGCCCCUCCCAUCCUCACCUGAGGUUUCACAAUAAACUUCACCCAGGGGGGGG